AUGGUUGCGGGAGGCACGACCGUCGUCUCUCUUUCCGCUCCCUUCUCCGCGAAUCCUGCCGCGUGGGAGCAGCACGGCCAGGCGCAGCUUCCCCCGCUCUCCGCCACUUCUUCCGCCAUUCCCUCCGCCAUUUCCUCCGUCAUUCCUUCCGCCAUUCCUUCCGCCAUUCCUUCCGCCAUUCCUUCCGCCACUUCUUCCGCGGACCCCUACUCAUCCGCUACCGCCAAACCUAGCGCAUCCGCGGACAUGGCUCUCCGCCCAGCUCCGCCAAUGCGCUCAUCAAGCGAGGGCAGCGGCGCAGUUCCCGCCGAUCGUUCUUCUUCCGCGGGAGUCGGUCUUUGCGCGGACGCGGAGUGCGCGCGCGGAGGGGGUCUACACCGCGGAGACACGCGCGGGGCAUGCGGCGCAGUAAGCGGCGGAGUAGAAAGCCGUUCCGUGGAGGACACGGGCGACGCGCAGCUGAUAUUCUACGUGGGGUUGGCGCACCGGGGGGUUGUGUUGGCGGAUUACGGCAAGCAGAGGAAGCUUCUGCGUAGCCUCGUCGCGUCGGCGCUCCUCGAGAUUCCGCGCCACGUCACCAGAUUCUCCAUGGGUUACGGUCGCACCAACGCUCUGUUCGCCGUCGACCAAUCAGGGCUCGCCACGUUCGCAGUUGCUGACGGGGCGCUGGACCGCCCGCGCGCCUAUUCCAUCCUGGACAGUAUCCGUUGUGCUUAUAUCGAGCUCUGUUCGCUCUCCGUUUCCCGCUCCCCCUCCUCCCCGCGCGCCACUCUCCGCUCCGCCUCCCCCCCUCCCUCCUCCGCCUCCGCCUCCGCGAUUCCCCCUUCCGCUCGCCGCGCCUUUUCCCCAAUCUCCGCGCGUCCUCCCCCGUCCCCCCCGCUCCCCGCGUCGCCUCCCCCGGACACCCCUCCGCGUCCAGCCACGGCGGAUCCCGCGUCGCUCCGCGCGUUCGCCAGGCGAUUGGCGGGCGGCAUUGGCCACGUCAGCAGCUCGAGCCGAGUCAGCAGCGGCGCGUGCCACGUCAGCGGCGGCGGGCACAGCCACAGGCUGAGUCACAGCAGUCGUGGGGGCAGCGGGCGCAGGGAAACGCAGGGCGGAGGGAGGGAAGGUACCGUUGAUGCUAGCAGCGGGGGCAGAGGGGACAGUGGGGGCAGUGGGAACAGUGGUAGCGAUGUUAGCAGUAACACUUGCAAUAGCAACCGGAUGACUCGCGAAAGGGGAGAUUCCGGGACCAUGAUAGGAAAGCACGAGGCGGGGAUGACUGGAAAUGGAAAUUCGCUACUGCUCAAGCAGAGUAGCGAAGGAGGAUCCGCUCACUAUAACGGGGAUGCAUCCGCUCCCUGUAACGCGGAUAAAUCCGCGCCCACCGUUAACGGGCGCGCGGGCGCUCCUUGUAACGCGGAUAAAUCCGCGCCCGUCUUCAACGGGCGCGCGGGAGCGCCCGUCUUCGUGCGCUCGCGAUCCGCGCGCCACUCGCACGUGAUUGUGCACGAGGCGCUCGAGCCGCGCCUGGAGGUGAUUGUAUGGAGCGUGCGCGGGAGAUUAAAGCCAAAGGAGCGGCUCGAGUGCUACCCGGACGCGCCUCGAGCGUAUCUGGUGAGUCACAGCCAAGGGGAGCGACCAGGAGGAGGGGGGAUGGCGGAUCUAGGGAGCAGCAGAGAUGGGGGCGGGGAAGGGGAGAGAACAGGUGCCGGUGCUGCUGCUGAUGCUGGUGGUUUUGGUGUGGGGGGAGUUGGGGGGAUGGGGGGAGCGGGGGGGAUUGGGGGAGCGGGGGGGAUUGGGGGAGCGGGGGGGAUAGGGGGAGCGGGGGGGAUUGGGGGAGCGGGGGGUCGAAGAAUGAGCGCGCGGGAGAGCCUACUGACGCACGCGCAGAAACUCGCGAUCCACAUCGUCCCUGGAAGUCAAUCUGACGGCUGA